CCGUUAUUUAUUCUCGGUUGUGAAAGUACUGUCUCUUUAAUAAGAUACCGGAACAGAUUGUGUUGAGUUCCGGUGUUACGAUUUACAACUGUAAAUAUUGAACUUCCAGACUGCGAUGAUACCCCAGCACAUAAUUUGUACAUUGCGCAGUGGUGUGAGGUGCUGGCAACAUCGAAGUGUUUUGGGAACGGCUUUACUGCUCGAGGCCUUGGACUUUCGAAGCGUGCGCUGUCGGUGUACCUCGCCUGGCCCUGUCAGAUCCAUGGAGGAAAUACUGACGAGGGUUGUGGUACCAUUACCUACAUACGAGACGAGAGAGAAGUCCCCGCCUCCCCCUGAAUCGAACAGUGUGGAAUUUAUGAAUUUCUACAGAAGCCUUGAAAAGGAAGAGAAGUCACAAUUACUGGCAAAGUUGUCACACGAUUUUGGUGUUGACCACAAAGGAGUUUCAGAGCUAGCAGGAAAGCUGCUCGACACUCAACAAAGGGACUUGGCUACAAUACUGCAAGUAGAGGACAGGUUACGAUACAGUCUGACUCCUCGCUAUAAACAAUUGCUUAAUCACAUAAGUAGGGUGGAAUCGGGAGUGAAGUUUCUGGUGGACCUACGUGCCGAUCUGCUUGAAAUAAUCUCAUCUAAAGCAAGUGACAGUCCUCAUAUUCGGGACCUGAAUGGCACUCUGAAGAGUCUGCUCUCUGAGUGGUUCUCUGUGGGUCUGCUGCGUCUGGAGAGGAUCACCUGGCAGUCCCCCUGUGAGAUACUGCAGAAGAUCAGCCAGUACGAGGCUGUGCACCCUGUGAGGAACUGGACAGAUAUAAAGCGUAGAGUUGGGCCGUACCGUCGCUGCUAUGCCUUCACCCAUGCUGCCAUGCCAGGGGAGCCACUGGUCGUCCUGCAUGUGGCACUUACAGAGGACAUCUCUGAUAACAUACAGAGUAUCGUGAGAGAGUUUGCUACUCUAGACUCAGAGGAGGAUGUGAACAAAGUCAAUACAGCAGUGUUCUACUCCAUUUCCUCCACCCAGGCUGGCCUACAGGGGGUGGAGCUGGGGAACGUCCUCAUUAAGAGAGUGGUGCGGGAGCUGCAGAGUGAGUUUCCCCACAUGUCCCAGUUCUCCAGCCUGUCUCCCAUCCCGGGCUUCUCCUCCUGGCUACAGGGCCUGCUCAGCCAGCACCGGAAGGAGGGCCGCAUGGAGCUGCUAACUGACUGCGAGUGGAGGAAGGUGGCAGAUGUCACAAACACAACCCCUGAUACCAACGCCCUGGAUGCCCUGCGUAAAUUGAUUAGCACCGGCGACUGGACACGUUCUGAACGACUGGUCCACGUCCUGGAACCCGUCCUGAUGCGCCUCUGUGCCUGGUACCUCUACGGAGAGAAGAGGCGCGGCUACGCCCUAAACCCUGUGGCCAAUUUCCACCUGCAGAACGGCGCCACCAUGUGGAGGCUGAACUGGCAUGCAGACACCAGCCCGCGAGGAGUGGUCAACUCCUGUGGCAUCAUGGUGAACUACAGAUACUUCCUGCAGGAUACCCUGUCCAACAGCGCUGCCUACAUGCACAACAAAGUCAUCACAGCCACAGAGCAGGUGCUGGGCUUGGUCUCACAAUUUCAGAAGAACAGCAAACUCUGAGCUCCAUGGACACACUUGUACCCACACACACACACACACACACACACUUGGUAUAAAGAUGCCUCUAAAUCCAGGACUUGCUGGCUUCACAGUGGCUCUGAUCUAAUUUGCCCAAACAAAACACGUUGAAAAGCGUCAGGACAAUUUAUGGAAUGAUAUCAGUUUUUGUUCUAUUAUUUUUGCAAUCUAGCCCAUGUAGCGCGUAGAUUUUGCUCUCCCUCUUUCCCGGGGUGGGUAUGUAGUGUUAUCAUCACCGAUAGAGACUCCCAGUGUUUAAUGGUGUGAGAGACUGCAGCGAAUGAAGCGAGAGACAUUUAUCAGGCCGUGCCAUGUUUCUGUUUGACAAUGUGUGAUGCUGUAGCACAGCAAAUAGGCUGCAGAGCUAUUGGAAUAAAUGAUGUUUUUGAUUCUUU